GAUAAUUUUUUAUUUGGGCAGGAAAUAAAAAUAUACUUUAAUAAUGCAUAUGACUGUGUUCUGUAGACUCAAUACAUUGUAGCUAUAGCUCAGUGUCCUAGCUGAAAUGAUUCGUUGGCCAUACUGCGACCUUGUGGUCAUAUUCUAUAUUGCUUCUAGGAGUGCUAUCACUGGACAUGCACAAUAUUCAGUGAGUGUGGAGAGACCAUGUCCAAUGGAAACAGUCACUUUCACCUGCACUGCUCCUGGAGAUUCCUUGAGAUGGAUACCAUCAGAUGCGGAUCGCAUCACUAUCCGUCCUACAACCUCUGGUCUCAAUGUAGCCAAUGUUGUAUCAGGUUACACUGUAACACUGAUUGCAUUCAACGACACUACUUUAACGUCUACUCUGUCAAGAACAGCAGAGAAUGGGAUCAAUGUGUCCUGUGUGGACCCACUGCCUACUCUAACCACUAUAGGAUCUUCGACGAUCCAAUUGGUUGAUCCACCAGGAUUACCUUCUAUCCUAAGACACUCCGUUUCAAGCAGCUCAGCCAAUGAAGUUAGUGUAUCCGUACAGUGGGAUUCUCCUACUGAGACUGGUAGUAGAGAUAACCCCACCUACACAGUGACUAUCUCACCUCCGGCCCAGCUCUCUGCUACUGUCCUCACAUCCACUUCUGUCACUGGGACUGCUCAAUACAAUGUGGACUACACUGUCAGUGUUGUGGCUACCAACUGUGCUGGGAACAGUACAACAGCUGGGUGCAGGUUUAGGAUUGGUGGCUGUCCUGUGUUGACCAACCCCAUGAACGGAGCCUUUGGACCAGUCUCCAGCAGUUUGCCAGGAUCCAUGGUAACCAUCCAGUGUGACACUGGGUAUGUAUCUCCUGUUACAAUGGUGACAUGUGAGGGCAGCACAUUGAUAUGGAAUCCAGACCCUGAGGCUAUUGCGUGUACACCACUUACUCUAUCUUAUCCCACAACUACUCCUCCAAUAAACUGCACAGCUCAACUAUCCCCACUACAUAAUGGCACCAUCAGUGAUCAUUCAGUACCAGCUAUUCCUGGUACACAAGUGACUUUCCAGUGUGACGGUGGACUGUUCCCUGAGGGAAUAAUGACUGUCACCUGUCUAGCUACAGGAGAGUGGGACAGGAACACGGGGGAGAUUGUCUGCAGAAAUGAACCCAGUGUGGCAGUAACACGUGGGAACGUUGCUGCUGUAGCUGGAGGUGUUAUUGGUGGUAUAGUAGCCCUGUUACUCAUCAUUUUAGGAGCAAUAGUUCUGUUGAUAGUUCUCAGACGAAUGGGAAAAGAGAGCAUAAGACUCAAAUCAAAUGACAGUAUGGAUACAUUUAAUUACCAGCCUCCAGUAGCAGACGAAGAAGAUUACAGUAGGAUUACUCAUGAUUUGAACCCUGCUUCAUUAACCUACGAUGAGGUUACCAUCAACAGUGAAAAGAAAAUAGGUGUCAAUGCAGAGGGAUACAGUGUAAUGAACAGUGGACAGAGCACUCAGAGGCUACCUGGCUAUGGGCAGCUGGGUAAUGUGGCCACAUUGGAGCCAGUCGUCUAUGCUGUCCUUAGCUCCAGCCAGAAAAACAACACGACUAGUACUGCCGCAGUAAACCAACAUCAGGUGACCUACGCUACUGUGGAUGUUGAUGCCACUAAGAAACAAUCAGCCAAGGCAGCCAACCUCCCAGCCAGCCCAACAGUGUACUCUCACCAACAAACAUACUCAGCCCCGGAAGAUGUGGACAAGCUCCUGGACAUUGACCAGGCCUUGGUGCAGAUCCGGUCAAUGAAGCACAAGUGGAGGGAGCUUGCUGAGAGUGUGAGGCUGCCAGAGACAAUGAUUGAACAGAUUGAGGAGUCAUGUUGCAAUGACAGUGCUGGUUGUUUAACGGAGGUGAUUAACCAAUGGAGUUGCUCUGAACAACCAAUAACCUGGAGGGAGCUGGCUGAUCAUCUCAGUAAGAUCGGAGAAGAGCAACUGUCAAAGGAUCUCAUGACUAUUCACGGGACUAGUUGUCUCCCUGUGGAGUUGAACUCUUGCUUGGCAACACCAAAUACUUCGUAUAAGUACGACAAAACCCCACUCCUCCCCUCUAAAUCCCCCACAGUGACAGAUGACAGUCCGGGACUACUAAAUACACUCACACCCUCACGCCCUCCUAAAUCAACUGGUGAGAUGGUUCCACCCCGCCCCCCUAAACCAGCCCCUAACAACGAACCCCCGGCACUUCCACACCCCAUGAAGCAAUACGCCAAGCACUAGGUGUGUGGUACAGAAUACAACAAUUCUUUUAGCACAAGAAUCAACUCAACACAUGACUUCAAUUUUAUUCUGUGUUUGUUUAUCCCCGUAGUUUAGUCACAAUUACUUAAUUUUCAUGCAGCUUACAUGUUAAAAAAGUUUAUCAUUCAAGUUAGGUAUUCAUUUGGUGUUGUCUCAAAUAUUAUUACUUUUAUCCAUGAA